UAUAACCGUAUAACCAACAUUCUUGAACUGAAUGUUGCAGAAUUUGAUGCGGUCGCAAGAAUGGCAGGUUUUUGGAAUAUUCCAAUAAUUGCCUAUAUGACUGCGUCGAAUUCACUAACCGACAAAAACAUCUACAAAACACUCUCAAGAAUAUCGAUGCGUUCGACGAAUUCUUUCGCUGAAGCAACAGCCGCACUACUGAAUCAUUAUAAGUGGUUAAAAGUCGCUCUAGUAACAAACACCGGAUCUGUGGCAUACGAACGUGUUACAUCAUUCGAGGAGGUGUUUGCGAUUAGAGGUAUUUCGGUGGUCAAGCGAAUAAUGUUCGACGAAAAUGCCGAUUCGGCAGCGAUGAGGUCAACUGGACUCAUUCAUGAACUACGUAACAAUGCUAGAAUUAUAAUUUGUGUGUUCUCGUCGACACGUCAACAGUCUCGUGAAUUCAUGAGCGCAACCUCCUCAGAAAGACUUCAGGCCAAGGAAUUCGUUUUCAUUCUUCCGUGGUUACAAGACGGUAGUCGAGAUGCAUCACCAUGGGUUGGCCCUGAUGGCGAAAUGCAACAAAAAAUCAAAGACCAAUACGCUAACGCUAUUAUCGUUCGUUAUUUAUUCCUUUUCUUCGAAUACAACACUUGCACUAUUGUAGGAGGAGGGAAACGCUUGAAAUUGAUGCACAUUGCCGAACAACAGUCUAGCAAACAUGAGAUCACUCGAAAGAGAAGAUUACCCGGAUUACGUGGAUUGGCCAGGCGAUCAAACGUUUGUAACGUUGUUGGCCACAAUGCUCGCGUUUCCGUUCGCACUGGUUUAGCUUUGAUUGACGCCACCCCUCUGGCUAGGCAAACAGACCAACGGCAUUCACGAAAGAGAAAAUAUUCUGAAUUAUCCAUUAUUCUCUUCUCAUUUUGA